AUGCAACUUGUGGGAAGUUCCUACGAAGGACAGUUCACCGUCGAUGGCAAGCGCUUUCACGGCUUUGGGCAGUACACCUUCAGCAAUGGCAACCGCUACGUCGGGGGGAUGUUUGAGGGGAUGUUCCACGGCAAUGGCGUGAUCUUUUUCCGGAAGCCUACCUUCUCCCGAGAACCCUCCGUCCUACUCAAACAAAUAGCCGAGGCCGACCGCACGUCCACCACCGCGGACGCGUUCAAGGCGAACGCGAACGGGGAAAUUCGGGGCAUAAAACCGACGGAAAAGGGGGCGGUGGAGGUGGAGUGGGAUGGGCUGUACCGCGGUGUGUGGGAGCACGGGCGGAAUGUGAGCGGCUGCUACGUCUUUGGCGAUGGCCUCGUCUACGGCUCCCACGCCUCAUCUUCACUGGCGAAGCCGGAGGGAAAUUCGCGGGAUUGCACUUUUCUUCCCCCCUCCACUUCAUGGAACUCGCGCAUUUCCUCGUUUACAGGAGCGCUGGCGCCGUUCGCAUGGACGUACUGCAAAGGAGAGGAUCAUCGGCUGUGGGAUGAGUGCCUUGGAGGACUCUCUCCAGUGCAGCCCUAUGAAUCUGUCCUGGGUGGUGUGGGGAAGACAGCGAGGGCUCGAAACAUGCGCGCAGCUUUUUCCUCCAGGAUUACCGAAAACGACGAGGAUGACGACGACGGGGACGAGAAAACCCCCCAGGAACGCCGAAGUGAGGAGAUUGCGAAGCUCUGGCUGUCGAUCCCGGUGGUGGAUUCGUGCACGGGCUGCGUGAGGCGAACGGCCCCGGCCUUCGCGGAAGGGCAACCGCGGAUGGGAAGCGAUGUGGAUAAGCUUAUGAGCACCCCGGAAGGGAUCGAAAAUAUGCGGAAUUUGCUUAAAAUUCCUACCUUGCCGUUCGGGCAAGGUAUGUAA